AUGGGCGAUCAGGUUUUGCGGACGAUUUGGCUGAGUCAGCUGCCGGCUUACAUUCAGCCGCAUAUAGUAACGCAAACGGAGGACACGCCAGAACAGUUGGCGGAUAUCGCGGACGCGAUAGUCGAGGCGACCCGGGCGCCGCUGUUCCACGUGGCGGAGGCGACGAGAUUCGCGGCGCCUCAGGGUCAGAACGCGAGUGAUCCUGCGUCUCUGAAAACGAGAUUCAAGGUGCGGCUGGCGCAGAUGCGGCUGACGAUGCAGCAGGAGAUUGCGGAGCAAAUGACGGCGAUUCGCAAGUCGAUUGAGGCGAUCGGCAGUGAGCGCUACCGAGGAAAUCGCGAUAAUGACCGACGUCAUCCGCGUUCGCGUUUACGCCCUUGUGCACGAUCGGAAGGUCGCGGUUUGCCGGCCAGCGGAAUGUGUUGGUAUCACUGGCAAUUCGGGGCGGACGCUAGACAGUGCAGAGCAUCCUGCUCAAUGCAGCAGGGAAACGCGGGAGCCGGUCGCUAG